AUGACGAAGGUAAAAAAGCCAACCAAGCCAAACUCGGAGGAAGAUGAGCCAUAUCAUCAUCCACAUCUAGAAGAACAGAUAAUUGUUAGAUUUCCAGCUGAUAUUGCUCAGGAUCUUAUAGCAAAAAUGGAACCUGAAGCAAAUUUCACGGAUUUCGAAAUUGUCUUCAAUGAUAAGAACCACGCAACUGUCAAAAUAGGACAGGAAGUUUUAAGUGGAAUUCUCGUGAAUUUACCAACAAUUGUAGAAUCUCAUAGAACUGUUGAUGGUUCUCAUUUAUUCAAAUCAGCUGAUAUUGGUGAAAUAUUAAUUAUAUAUCGUUCUACAAGUGCACCAACUAAUAUUACUGCAGAUAAUACUUUUGAAAAUGGUAUUACUCCACCAACUAUUGAUAUUUUAGAAAGACGUAAUGCACAGCGUCAAUCUGUUAGAAGCUCUGAUUCAACAAAUCCUAUAGAAGGUAUAGAAUAUUGGGAAAUGGUCGAAAUUCAAUUAGCAGCUUUACUGGCCAAAGAUAAGACAGCUAAGCCUAUUACUCGUCAUGAAUUCUUCAUGGAGCCAGAUAUUGAUGCAGGAGUUCUUGAAAGAGCCCUUAGAUUACACGUAUCUCCAGAAUACAAAGGAUAUUCGGGACAAAACAUUGCUGAUGAUGAUUUAGAUAAGAAGGGAAUGGACGAAGACCCAAUUGUUCACUUCCCUGAUGAAAUUUUAGAAAAAUUUGGAGAAAACAAAGAAGAAAACUCAGAAGAAUCAGCAGACAAUCUUUCUUCAGCUGCUCCUGACUCCGAAUCUACAGAAUCUGAAUCUUCAUCCAGUGAAGAAAGUGAAUCCGAAUCUUCUUACGAAUCUGAAAAUGAAAAGGCAUCUCCGAAGGAGACAACCCCAGCUCCACAACCAGAGCCUCAGAAAUCUUCACAGAAUGAAAGCGAAGCUCCAGAAUCUUCUUCAUCAUCUGAAUCUUCAAGUUCAGAAGAGGAUGAUGAGGAUGAGAAGAAGGGCGAUAGCAGUGAGAACAUCACUGAGUUAAUUAACGCCCUUAGAAAAGAAAAUGCUACAAGACAAGAAUCACUUAAAACUGCUACAAAUGUAAACUAUCAGAAAAAGCUUCGUGAUAUCAUUGAGAAGAAUAAUGCCAAAAUUGCCGAACUUGAAGCGAAAUUGGCUGCAAAACAUUAA